AUGAUUGCUGUGCUGCUGGCCGUCACGGCCAUGUACAGCAUCCAGGGUUGCAUCUACGGUUUGAGCGACCGAACCUUACCGCACCUGCUGAAUCGAAAGGAAAGCUCGCUGGGAGCCAGUGAGGUCCUUGCCAUCGUCCAUCUUCCGGCAGCUCUAAAGGUCUUCUUUGCUCCCCUCGUGGAUUAUGGUGCUCAAAACAUCCCAGGUGGCUACAAGAAUUUGAUGAUUGCGUUGCAAGGGCUCUUGGUGGCAGCCCUUUUGUUCCUCGUCCCUCUGCUGCCCGAAGCGGUGCAGUUGGGCGGUCGCCCGGGCGCUGAACAGCUGCGCUGGCCGUUGUUUGGGGUGGCCUUGCUGAACGCCGUUGGAGACUUGAUUUUGGACGCCUUCGCCCUGAGGCAGGUGCCAGCGAACCUGCAACACCUUCCAGCAGUAUGUCAGGUGAUUGGAAUCUUUGUUGGAAUGACCGUUGCGAAAUCAGGACUUUUCCUCUUGAUGAAACUGGAGGUCUUUUCACUCGAAGGGUUACUGGCAGGCUUUGUGGGCUUUAUGGCCGCCAUUGCUAUGCUGGCAGUGUUAGCAGUUGCUCUGGCAGGCAAGGCCAAUAGGAACUUGGAAGCAGUUCACUUUCGCGACGUGGUGCAGGGCUUCUGGAUCUUCACAACACAUCGUCCGAACAUGGCGCAUUGGCUCUUGUAUCAGUUCUUCAUGCCUGCAGCCACUGGUCUCUGCAUUUGUUAA